UCCCAUCCUCUGCCCUCACCCAAAAUGGCCGCGGGCGCGUCCGUCCGGCCCUGAGGCGGGACCAGCGCGGAGGGCGCGGAGGCGCCGCGGAUCCCUUUAGAAGGCGGCUGGAGCCGGGCAGUGUACAUAUUGCUCUUCCUGUCCAAAAAGACUCUUCUUACCCUGGAGUAUCUUUUAUAGUCUAGACUAAGACUAGGUUUCAUGAGUCAAACUGGGCUGUUGAGAGUUUCUUUUGAAGAUGUACAUGUUGGUUGAAAAACGCACAAAUUCCUAUCUUCAUCUAAAGAGGUCACCUGGCAUCCGAUCCUGGUCUCUCUGUGUUGGAAUAGCCUCCAUAGGUUUGGCUGCUGCUUAUUAUAGUGCAGACAGUUUGGCAUGGAAGCUCUUCUACAUGGCUGGGUGUUUCUUUGUGGCAGCCCAGAAUCUGGAGCAGUGGGAGGAAGCUGUAUUUGAUAAGAACAAAGGAACAGUCUGCCUAAAAACAUUCAAUCUCUACAAAAAAAUACUGACCUUGUCAAAAGGAGGGAAUGAACAAGUGGUGGCCGUGCUGAGCGAGAUCCGCGAUGUGAACGUGGAGGAGGAGCCCGUGCGCUAUUUCGGGAAGGGUUACCUGGUCGUGCUGCGCUUCGUCACUGGCUUCUCGCACCCGCUCACCCAGAGCGCAGUGCUGGGCUGCAGAAGUGAUGUGGAAGCAGUUGCCAAACUCAUUACGAGUUUUUUGGAACUGGACAGAGUAGAGACCCCACAAGAUUUCUCUCAGAGUAGCGAAACAGAGGCAAGUGAUGCAGAUGAACCACAGGUUAAAUACUGAUAGUCACUGUGAACUGAAGCAAGCAGAGGUUUUCACACACCUGGAAAAUAUUCUGAUUGUUCUUCAGAAAAAGAAAUUCCUCACAACCUUGACCUGGGCAUUUCUCAACGUGUGCAUUUACAAUGGGUGAAAUCUGUCUUAAAACACAUUGUUUAGUGCUAAACUGCUUCAAGACCCUGCAUGUGGACACUGCUGGCUUUUGAACUUUGUCAGCUCAUCAAAGUUAUCUAGGAAUAGUUAUUUAUUAAUUAAUUGGUUGGAAAUAAUUGCUUUUCAUUAAUGAAGACACAGAUGUGAACUUCUGCUUACUGCAAACAUUUGCUGCAGGUACAGUAUAUGCAAUGUAGAAGAGUUGAAUUUGUAACUCAAAACACAAUACUUUGAGGUUUCACUUUUAAUAUAUGCAAUUAGGAGAUGCAGAGUAGUGGCACUUUUAUGUUCUCUACUACUGACUUGCCAUUGGAUAUCUGUGGAAAUUAAAGUCUGAGUGCCUGUCUUGGAAUUCUAAACAUCAGGUUCAUCAACCUGUAACAGUGUCUUAACUUAUCUCAGGCUCACCAAGGAGCCAUAAAUAGCAAAGGAAAAAUGAUCAUGAUGAAAUGUCUUUGGGAUGUUCUAUCUUAAUCCUGUUCUGCUUAACUUCUGGGCAGGACAGAACAAUUUUUUUCUAGACCUCAGUGUUUACUAUUUAAACUGUGUAUUUAGAAAGGAAGCAGGGACAUGUGUAACUUUAGGUAGGGAAAAGACUGAUGUCAAACAAGGUGGUAGCCCUAGAGUUGUUGAGUAUUUCCUCACUUGAAAUGAUACCGAAGUGCUAAAUAAUAACUUUUUUAAGGUAGCUGCCAUAGAUUAAGUGUUUGACUUGUGUCUGUGUUUUACUCCAGGUGUGUGGUGUCCUCUGUUCUGAUCAAUGGUUUCACAAAUAGUUAAAAUACAAAUUUUUUCAAGGUAUUUCUGAAGUAAAGCUACCUCUGUUAGUCAACAUAUUCUGUCUAGAACUAAAACUCCAUCAUGCUUACAUUAUCAUGUCAGUACAAGAAAAAAUUGUAAAAAGCUGCAAGUUUUUUCAGCAUGCUACAGCUGCUUAUACUUAUACAGUAGGUUUUAUUUAGGAAUCUUAUGGUCUUUAGACCCGAUUUAGACAAUAUUUACACAGUUACAUCCAGGAGAUCUGAACAGGGUACGAGGUAACUGUGUUGUCUGUUUUCAUGGUUGGCCAGCAGCAAAUGUCUCCUGGCAGCAGUUUCUUCAGGAUUUAAAAGAGCCUGUGUUCUUGUUUUUAAUCACUCUACCUCUACAGAGAGAGGGCUCUGAAAAGUUUUUGGUAGAAGCCCCAUCCUGUUUGUGUUCCAGUUUGAUCUGAAGCUGAACACCUGCUCAUCAAAGAACAAUUUCCCUUCCAGCAUUCAGAGCUAGAUGUGAGCUGAGAGGCAGAGGCUGCUGCUGUCAAUGGAAGGUACCCACACUGCAGCAGGGACAUGGCUGUUGAUGUAGCUUGCCUGCAGCACAGAGCUAGGUCUGUUUUCUUUAAAUAAGAUAAAAAACUUGUAAUCACAUCAGGUAUCAGUACAGACUUCUGCCAAUGCAUGUUCCUGAAAGUCCUCUGAGUUGUUGGGGUAAUCAUGGUGCUUUCAGUGCCUACCCCACACCACUGGAACUGGGAAGCUGCUGUGUAUGAACGUGGGAAAAUUAGGUUGCAGGCAAUUAGCUAAAUUUGCCUUUAUUCUGAAGCACAGCUGUAAGCAAAGCAUAAUCAUCAAACCUGUUUAAAAAUAUUGCAGGGUGUAACACUUUGUAGAGUUCCUCAUUUAAAUCCAUUGUAAUGUAUCCCCCAGGUGAUGCUCAUUUUAGAGAGAGGAGAAUGAGAUUGGGGAUUUGGAGGACUCCUCUCUUCCCCACAGUGUAAAAUGAGAAUGGUGAGUGUUCUAAGGACUUCCAGUAGGAAGUGCUGUCCUAGAGUAUGUAAUGGUACAGUGUAAGCACAAGGGCUCAGCCUGUGGUAGCUGCUGCUUUGAAUCAAGGAUAUUCAGAGGGCAUUCAUUCAUGGUGUGCACUUACUCUGAGCCUGUGGAGUGGACCAUGGAUAAAACAGAAAAAUUACCUGCCUUCAGUCUUAGCUCUACUGGCUUUCAUUUGUACUCCCACGAGAGCUGACAUUCUGUAAACCAUGCUGUAGUUCUCCAGUUAAAAAUCAGCUUUUGAGAGGUACGUCUGUUGGUCUGACCCUGCACUGCAUCCCAUGUCCUGCUUCUGCUGAGCUGCACUGCAUGCAGCUUGCUGUGCCUUCAUGGUGUUAGUCAUGUCUGUACUCAGACUAUGCAGUAUCUUCUACAAAAUCUAAAACAAUGUAAGGAAAAUUCAGAAUCUCUAGAGGGGGGAAUGACCUAUAGAAUACCAUGUAACUUGAAAUGCUGCCCAUGGAGUAAGUUGCACGUGGGGUUGAUGUCAGUGAUCACCUCUUUAGAGGUGUUUUCCAGUAUCCUCCUCAUUCCUUACCCUGCUGUGUUAGGUAGGAGAGGGAUGGCUGCUGCCAUACACUGUGUUUAGGAGGAAUAUUGUGACUCCUUAGCCUUUCCCUUGGAGCAGCUGGUGCCAUCCUCUGGUGCCAUUUCCAUUUUGCAUUUGGUAGCUGUCACUGCACCAACAAGGACAGUUUCAGUGGGAACCUGUGUUCUGUCCUGAGCUAACAGGAUGGGGCCCUGAGGACAUUCUGCCAGGCUGUGGGAUGUCAGGCACUGCUGGCUGAUCCACCCAGGAGCUUCCUGUGGCACUGAUCUAUCUGAGCCUCUGAGCUUGGCAAUGGGACACUGCACCCAUGUUAGCACAGGCUGAUGGGGUUUUUUCUUGUUUCUCUUGAUCCACAUGUGGAGCUUCUUGCCCUCAAUUGCAAGCCUUGGCCAGAUGCAGUGCAGCAGCUGUGUGCAUGUACAAUUAACUUGCAAUUGCUGUUCGUGUAGAUUUGGUAAUGGCAGUGUCUGUGCACUCCUCAGCAAUGGGAUCAGCUGAAGAACUGUGCAAAGCAGGUGCAGCUCGGGACAGGGUCCACUCUUCCCUCUUUGGAUGAGUCUUCUCUCAUCCUCCUUUUCUGCCACUUCUCACCAUUCUAUUGAAGGCUUUCCUGGAUGGUUUUCCUCACUUCUCUUGGGCCCGCCAAAGUCAAAGGCCCAGUAAACAGAGUCUUACAUGUGCCUGGUGUAAAGUGACUUGGACUCAAAGGAAUGAUGUGAAAGACUAGUUUUGCUUAGGAAAUUAGGUACUCUUAGAAGACUACUCCAGAUGUAGUCAUUAACCUUUGCAUCUCAGGCCAGCUAGAGACUUGUGCCUGGACAGCUGUAGUUUGCAUGACUUAUAAAUGAUUUAAAAACCUGCACAGCAGACCUUAGGUUAAAUCUAACACUCUAACCCCUAAAACCAAGCCCUUCUGUCAUGUCCUUUACUAUAAGGGUAUGGUACCACUUAGCAGAUGCUUCAGCUCAUGCUAGAGCAGCACAAUGCAGUUCCUUGCAUGGCUGUGGUGGGAUGGGAGGGGAGCUGUGGCUGCUGCAGUGAGCAAAAGCCAGAGUGCAUCUGUGCAGAGGGAGAGCACUGCUUUGUGUAAGGUGGAACUUCAUAUUCCAGUACUUCACAAUGAAACAUUCCAUACCUGCCAUCCAUUGUGCAAGUCUCAAAGAAAAUCCAAAUAUUUAUAGUUGAGAUCUGAUUCUCAGGCUGUAUUUAUGAAGUUACACAGAUACCAAAACCUCAGCUGGCUCACAUAAUAAAUAGAGUGCUAGUUCUCACAGUGUCAUAGAUGGCUGGGAGGCAAAAAUACUUCUGGAAAAUGUUUAGAAAUUGCCUUUUUUUUUUUUUACUUUAAAAUUGCAAGUAGAAUUUCAGCAAGGCCUUGUUGUAUUGUUUUUUUUAAACGUUUGUUGACAAAAUCAACUCUGAUAACUUGUUUUGCA